AAACUGACGCCUGUAUUUGUCAGCAAAUUUUCCUAAUUGCCUUUAUCGUCAAUACAAUCGCCUUAUUGAUUUUAUAUGAUAUGUCAUACUCGCGCAGGCAGGCGGCAGACCUUUCAUGCUCUGUUUUGUCCUAAACCUGACAGAUAAGUACGGUAGAGCUGCGACAAUUGCUUCAAGCUGUCUCCGCUCCAAAUCAUUUGCCUGCAACCAGGCGCAGGGAAGCCAUCGUUAAGGACGUAAAACAUGGCGUCGGUUGGAACAUGGCAUCGGCACGUCUACAACAACCCUCCAAAGCAACCAACACCGCACUUUGUGGCUGACAUUCUCGGACUUCAAUCGGGCCAUCCACCGACCUACAUGACAACCGCUCGUUCUCAACAAGACCAACCGCUUGCUAAACGCCGCCUGUAUAUAAAAGAGAAGGAAGCAAAAUUGAAACAAAAUAACCAGGAGGAUUCGAGCUGCCAUAUCGCUAAGAAGGAGACCCCGGCUCAAUCAAAAUUAGAUAUAAAAGCAGAAACCUCUUCAGCCCAUUCCAGGGGCAUAAAAAGAUUGAAAGGAAAGUCUGGCAAGGAGAAAGUCAAGAAGAAAAAAGCUAGAACCACAUUCACUGGCCGGCAAAUUUUCGAGCUAGAAAAGCAAUUCAAAGAGAAGAAAUACUUGAGUGCCUCUGAGCGAAGUGACAUGGCCGCGCUGCUUAAUGUGACAGAAACUCAAGUCAAAAUUUGGUUUCAAAACAGACGAACGAAAUGGAAGAAGCAGGAGAAAAUAUGCGAGGUAACACCCGAGAAUGACAAGGAUUCCCAAAGCGAACAUUCGGAUAACAAAGAUAGUGUAUCCUCGGAUACUGGACUUGAUAACGACGACAAAAGCUCUGAUUUGGAACUGGAAGAAAGCGGCUAGCUAGCACCCAGGUGAAGAUUAUCUCCCGCUAGCCAUUGAACUGUAAAAUAUCUGUUAUUUAUUUCAUUCACACAGUCUUCCACUCGUAAAAACUACUGUAAGCUGUCAGUAAUCUUUGUCCAAGAGCUUCCAAAGUGAAACUGUUAGGAUUGUUUUAAUUGUUCACUUUCAUGAACAACGUGUAUUAAUACAAUUAUCUUUUCAAUGGUUUGGUGCUUACACGAAUUAAGAGACCGAUUAACGAUAUUCUAAAUGGUGGAAAGUCUCUGAAUUGGCCAUCUUAAAAAUGUUCGUCUACGAGGGUAUAGUUGAACAUAAUGGAUGCAAAUUGUUGCGCUUUCUCGAAUUAUUUUCUUAAGCCAGUCGGAGAGCGGUAAUUGAGCUUAUUCAGGAAGCAAUUGGCGAGCAAAUGUACUAGCGUCUUCAUAAAACUUUAUGAAGAGCGUUCUCGUUUGUUUGAUAACAAGAUAUAUUUCAUUCAAAUGAACAAGGCAGUUGGAAUAUUGAACUCACGAUUCCACAGAGACCAUUUUUAAUUGCUCGCCAAAACCGUGAUACAAGCAAUUUUAUUACGCAGCAGUUGGCAAUUAACAAAGUAUUCGGUUGAGUCUAAAUAGUGGGGACAUCUUUACCACCUAUUGUGUUUUGAAAAUCGAUUUGCAGAACUGUUUUACGCCAAGACAGUUAAAUAGAAUGAUUGCUAGACACCUGAAGCAUCCUUAGGUUGUACAGUUGAGUUGUUUUGUUUUGUUGAACCUCUUUAUUAAAUUUGUGACUAUAAAUUAUAGAUGAUUGCACUGACAAUCACCGACCUCCUGCCAUGUCACAAACGAACGCCACGCAAGGUAUGGCCUUUUCAUUGUUACACACGGCUAUUGGUAACAUAGUGUCUUAAUUAACAAGCGUUCAACUGAAAGGUAUUUUAUCAAAAUAUCCGUACUUAAUCCGGUUUUCUGAAUGUGUUUUUCUUGCGGAGUUUAGGAUGAAUAUUGCUUUUGCAUUAAAGAACUGAGUCAAUUUAUCGAAAUACUUAAUUCAUGUAGUGGAAGUUGCUUUCACUUUGGUAUUAAAUUGAGUUGAGAUGAAAAUUGCGUGUUGCCUCAUUCACGGCUGGUUGCCCGACUGAUAAAGAUGAUCAAGCGAUAUCACAAAUUGCACCCAAUCUAAAUUAGAACUUAGUGUGCGCUAUCCAUAAACAGUAGAUAUAGUUAAUUGGAAACAAAUGGCUCCCGUUGAAAAAUAACUAAAUCUGGCGAAGCUGUAAGGUUUGCCUCCUCUAAUUGUUGGUAACUAUCUUUUCAUUUGGGUUUAUCUAAGGUCCCAGCUUCUACAAGAACCCCACAUAACGAUUAACAAAGGGUAUUUCAGAAAGAGCGCGUUUGAUAAUUAAUUAAAAGCACGUUCCCUUUGCAAUCCGUGAAACAAUUUGCGUGCACAGCAGACGAAGCCGCUAGAGUCUGUGAUUUCAACUCGGUUAUUUUUCCGAUAAUUUAUUUGACAUCUUCCUCUAAAUUGUUCGCCGAUGUGGCACAAUUAAGAACGUUUUACUAAUGCCUUGGCUUGCUUGUUUACCACAAAAUCCGCGGAAACCACACGUCUUUUGUGGAGGAAACAUUAAGCUACUGAAGUUCCGCCAAACGGGAAGUUUGUUCAUAUUCUACGCAUUUAAUAAACAUUUUCCAAAUGAAGCGCAUUAUGAGAUUGUACGGUUUUACGAGUCACAACUCAGCCUGUUUGCUUAGAUUGCCACUGAAUUUUACUCCAAAUGUUUCUUUAUUUCGACGAAGCAAAUGUAAAAAAAAGAUCCAUAGCUUAUGAGUAAGAGCUAACUGCACUUUAAACGUCAUUGAGCGCUAGGUUUCUUUGAAAUGAAUAAUUAAGGGAGCAUUUUAAUGGAGUGCACACGAGAGUUGGAUAUCAUUUCCUUUUGUAUAUAGAACAGUGACUGACAACAUGGCAGGUCAUUAGACACUUUAAAACGUUGAAAGAUAAAACUUGAAAAACUCUGUGAAGGAUCAGAUGGUCGAUGGAAUCGUUUGAAAGUUUCAGGCAAAAACAGGACCUCGGCUCUACGAAUUAUCAUUUUUUGGCUUUGUUUAUAUGUAUAUAUAUAUUUUUUCAUCCUGUUUCACUGAAGCUCGAAGGAACAUCGGCAGGAGCAACCUUUGCGAAAAAUGGAAAAUUGAAAGAGGUGGUAUAUCAAACGAAAUGUUAUUUAGUUUUUCCUCAACUGAAAGAGCCCUCGAGUCAUUAUUUGGUAGUGUGUUUGAGCAUAUGCACUUGGGCACGUUAACAGUUAAUGGAGUGUCUAAACAACUCUCACUGUUCAUUGACAGAAAAGGCAAACACCUUUUAGUAACCAUGUCAAACAGAAGUCAAGAUAUUGCUUCAUCUGGUUGGUUUGUGGUGUUGGGUCGCUUCUCAGUAAACGUCGGAGAGAUGGACCGUCGUGGUACCAUGAUUAGAUCGUUUUUGGUUGGUGAACUGAAAGAGUCGCGAUACGUGUCUGUGUUGAACGGUUAAACAAAAUUUGAAAUGGCCAUGAAAAUUUCACUUUAUUUCUAGCCGAAUCUCUUUCGUUGAAAGCAUUUUAUCUGAUAGUCUUUACUGACUGCAGACUAUUAAGGCGAAAAUUUGAUUUGUUUGCCAAGGCAUCUGAAUGCAAAUUGGUUUAGAGGAGAAAAAGUCCCAGCAUUUUAAUUGGAAAUCCCUUUGAUUUCUUCAAUCUCGACUUCUCUAGCCUGCCCUAGCUUACAACUCUUCUUGCCAUUAAACGCUCUCUCUUAAUUUUCGAAGUCGUGGAUGCCAUGUGGAAUCGAUUAAUAAAAUAUAUAAUCUUUCGUCUCCAGUAGGGCUAUUGUAUUAAGCCAUUUAGCGGCUUCUUUGAGUUGGCUUAACUCCAAACAAAGCGUUGAUCGCAAAGAUAAACAAGGGUGCGAAACACAACACGCGUUGUCGACCGGACGUGCUGCGAAAAUCACUUUAUGUUUAUCGUCAGGCGAGUAACUUAUUAAUAAACCGCCUCCGGGGAAAAAACGACUGUAGAAUGCUCACCAACUCAAACACUUGAGCUCAACCGUGAGAACAAUCGUGCCUUUUAUCCUAGAUUAAACGUGGCCAGAGAGAUCACGGCGAAGAUAGCAGUAAUUAAAAUUGUGACAAUCAGAUUAACGACCAAUGAAAAGCCAUAACAAAUAAUCUUUUUCGUUUAUUGACUCAGUCGGUUUUGCCGAUAAAGGCGUAAUUGACUAGGAAAGGAUCGAUUUCUUCUUAAUCGCUACAGUGCAAUUAACUAGUUGCACUUUACCAACUCGUUUAGUUUAGUUAGUGGGAAAGUUAUGGAGUGAACUGACUUGAAUAGUUCUUAGCCAUUUUCUGGAUAAAACGCGCGAUUUGUUGUUUUGGAGCUACUUCCUUAAAUAAAAUAGGUUUGCUUCCAGACAAUUAGCAAUUCAGUAAUUAAAGGCAUGCAUUCCGCGCACGACAUUUGCGAUCGACAGCCACCCAUUUAACAUUACGAGUUGAUCUCGAAAAGAUCGGCUUAGGAGUUGAUUGAUUUAUCUAUCAACCUGAUGUGAAAAGACUUUCGGAAAUGGCCUGGGAGAAGCUUUCAAGACUUCAACUCGUGUCAUCACUAUCAGUGUUCAAGAGAACUUUGUUGAUUAUUUCCCAAAAGUGCCUGAUUGGAGCUUCAGCCUUCAUGAUAGUACUUCUGAUAAUUUUUUUGUUAUAUUUUUUUGGACGUCUCGGUCUUGUUCUUGAUGCUCAGCUUCCAACCCCGGCUUCCAAGGUUGACCGCAAAUCAUGCCAUUUCUACCCGGUUUAGAACGCGCUGAGUAUUUUAAGGGGGCCUCUCGAAGCAUAGAUAUAUAUAUUUUUGUAUAUAUUUGGCUCAACUUAAUUUAAUUUAAUUUAAUUUAAUUUAAUUUAAUUUAUGUUUUUGCUAGAAAACGGCAGCGAAGCCUCUUUCUGUUACCAAUGCACUCAUUUUGACCGCGCCAUAGAUGUAGAGUGGAAUCCCGAUUUCUCGAACCCUCGACUUUUCGAACAUCCCGGUAACUCGAGCCAAAAGUUGUUUCCCUCCCAUCAGCCGAACACUGAAUUUUAACCUCGAUUUUUCGAACUACCCGGUUUUUCAAACCAAUUUUCUCUUCCCUUGGAGGUUCGAAAAAUUCUUUUCAUAGAGGAAAUCAUAAUAUUCUCGAACUAAAUAUUGGCGGUCGUAUUUUCAAACGACAUUUCCUACUUUUAACGUCGCAUUUAAGAUUAGCUCUUCCUUGUUUUUUCUAGUUCUUUUACGGUCAGGGUCUGUUGUUUAAAAAUGAAUGUUUAAAAAAAGGCCCCUGUGCUCAGUAUGAAGUUAGCGGACUGCCCGUCCUGACCUGGAUAUCACUACAGCAAUGAACCCAUUCACCCGGAACUCAUCAUUCCAUCUGAAUUUCUCUCCGAAUUUACCGCUCAGUGAUACACAACAUAAUAAUAUCUGGUAAUAUCUUGGAAGAACAAUAACUGGCCACAGCGGAACACAAUCGAAUGUCAGUGACACUCUUAGCAGCUGGUUUGAUCGCUAGAUGUCCCCAAUCAUAGAAAUGAGGAAUAGGCUGUGCAUAUCCAGCACCCUUGC